AUGGAAAGAAGAGGAAAAUUAUACACACAGGAAACUAGGGAAAUUGUGGGAACAACCGUUCCUAAGGGACCUCCCGAAGUCCGGAUCAAAGCCCUAAAAGAACAAGGGAAAGCAUUCAAGAAAGUGCGGAUGCUGCCGACCGAGGUAUUGACAACGCUAGACUGGAGGAGGGUCAACAACCUGAAACGGAGGAGGGGAAACACAUGUAUAGGGAUAUAGUAAGGGAAGACAUACGAACAAAAAUUUGAAAGUUCCGCAAAUGGGCAAGGGAAAAUCUGGGUGUGUUAACAGCUAUUGCUAUUUCCAUCGCUGGAAUUAUCACCACGGUUGUAGUGGCUGGAAAGAAGACCAUUAUGGGAGCAUCCAGCGGACUUGGAGCUGCUGGGAAAGCACUAGGAAAACUUGCAAAAUCUGCACUACCAAUACUAGUACCUUUCUUAAAUUUACUAAGUAUUAUCCUAAGCUGGGGAGCCAAGGGUCUUUCCUUUCUUGCCAAAAACCUAUGGAUCGUAGCAAUCCUAAUUACUGGGGCUAUAUACAAAUAUUUACAAAGCAGACGUAAAAAAUAAAUAUCUUUUCGUAGUAUAAUAAAACAUAAUGAACCGAACGGCUGAACUUAUGGCUGAUUUCCGACGUAUGAACAAGGCUGAAAUCUCAAGAGAUAGGACCAGACACGUCCUAACCUUCACCCCAACUCUGCCAAACCCGGAGAAGAAAUUUACGUUAAUAUUCCAAGGCUAAAAGCCGACUCCGUUCUCAUACCGGACAGUAUGGCUUUGGUCUUUGACUUUAAGAACAGUAACACAAAAUCCUGGUUCAGAAACAACUUAGGAAAACUACUCCAAAAAAGACUGAAAAUUUGUCUCACAGGAGAAAAGGUUUACGACAACAGUGGAGAAAGUUUGCUGGAGGUCUACAAGGAUCUAUGGUUACACAGGAAACAACGUGACGACAUGGUGGAGGAUGGUAUUGCUAGCGAAGCCACGAGGAAGAAAAUAUCCAAAGACGAUGAUGCAAACGAUGAUGUGGAUGCCACCUCAUUGUUCGAAGUAUUUGGAACAAAACAAAGAAUCUGA